UUGGUAUGCAGUCAAUACAAUGUGUUAAGUCAAUAAAUGUGCUUAUCCACAAAGCUGUUUCUGCUAGUUCUUCUAUAGCUAAUGUAGUAGAAGCAUUAGAUUCUCGAAUACAACAAGAACCUAUAAAUAAAAGUUUUAUGGCUUGGAAUACAACGAUCCAUACACAAAUAUACGAAUCUGUACUAUAUAAAUAUGAAAAGGUACCUAAUGAAGAAGCUUUUAAAUUUAUUAAAGAUCAAUUAAAUGAAGUACUAUUAGCGGAUAAUCAAGAUAAUGAAGACAUUACAAAUAUUGAAGACCAUUAUGACCAUCGACAAGCAUAUUUAAAAACACUAAUGAAUUCAGUUUUAAAAGAAUUAAUUUGUGAAAUGUGGAGAAUUGUUCCAUAUAUGACAACAACUUUUGUUGGAGUAUCGUCUAAAGGAUUUAAAAGGUUCCAAUCUGAUAAUUUACAAGAAAUAUAUCCUAUUCCUAAACAUUAUAAUAAUAUGCAAGAAAGUCAGAUUUAUCAAUAUACACAUAAAAAAUUAUAUUAUAGCUAG